GCCACGUCAUCAGAGAUGCGCGUAGGUGGGCACGCUGUUUUUGAUUUUGACUCUUAGGCAAAAACAAAACAUUCAGGAAUCCAAAUCCUAAGCUCGAAUCAGAAAAACUCAUCGGAGAUUCUCUCUUCGUUUCCGGAGCUAAUAUCGAUUCAUCUUGUGGCUCAAUUCUUUUAAGAAAGAGGAAGAGACGAAGCGAGAGAUAUGGAUUGGGACAACGUAGCUGCUGAGGAUGUGAUCGAGGCGCUGAGAGAAGUUGAAUGGUCGACGCCUCCUCGUUCGUUCGGCGAGUUCUUCUCUAGAUUCGCAUUCCCUCGCUCUUUCUCUAAAUGGAAGAGCCGUCUCAAAUGCAAUCUCUACUACUAUAGAACGAAUUACUUCAUCCUGGUGAUUUUCGUUCUGGGUCUUGCGCUUAUCACAAGACCAUUGGCUAUUGUGGGUGCUGCUUUUACAGCCUUGAGCAUAGCGUUCCUUAACGACAGUUUUGCAGCUACUUUUAAUGAGAAGUUUAUAAGGACUAUUAGGCACUUCUCCCCGCAUAUGGCUGCAAAAAUGAGGCCUCCCCACAUGCCUGUUAUCCGUGGAAGAUCAGCAGCAAGAAAGACAGUAUACGUCUGUGGGAAACCACGUUGGGUAUUCGUUGUUAUCUUCCUAACAGCCAGCCUUGUCAUGUGGUUUUCUUCCUGCGGUUUGUUGUGGGUCCUCUAUGCACUUCUCACUUCCCUCGUCGUGAUUGUUCUUCACGCAAGCGUGAGAACUCCAAACCUGAAGGCACGCUUGAACACAUUCCGUGAAGAAUUUCGGGCUGUCUGGCGUAACUACAGUGAACUUUGAGUCACAGGCCGCUACACAAUCUAGAAGCAAACCAAGCAGCCAUCAUGUUGCCAAAUUUUGGGAGAUACAGCUCUCAGUUUCAUGGUUAAGAUGGUUAUUGGCUGUUCAGUCGCAGACAGAAUAGGUUCACUGAAACACUGGACAUAAAUUGUCCAAGUUACUUUUAAUUGGUGUAGUGAUGCUCAUACUUUUCAUAACGUGUUAGUGAUUUGACUUCACAAUAAUACUCUUUUCUUUGUUUUUUUAUAUAUAAAUAGAUCCAACAAGAACUGAAUUACGCUUCAAGUACAAAAUUUGAAGAAAGACAGAGCAUCUAAAAUAAAUUAAAAGGUGUUUUCUAUUUCUCAAGACUUGACAAAGUUCUUGAGCGUUUUCAGCCACAGUAAGUGCUCUUUACUAUCUUUGUUGAUCAUAUACUCGUGCAAGAAGUUGAUCAUGCUCGGCUCUAUCCCUCUAAUCUCGAUGUACCUAUGGAAAGCCUUCCUUAGCUUUUCAUCCAAAGCCCGGAAGGAAGGGCCUUCAUAGGCAAGUUCAUCCUUGGAAGGAUCAUCAGGGAAUGUAACCCACAUGUCCUUGAUUGCAAUCUUGUCUGGAAAAGCAGUACAUCUGAAUUCCAAACUUGGUCCUGUCUUCUUGGAAAGAGUUACUAAGAGAGGCACAUUGGAUUGCUUCGGCUUCUCUGGCUUAUCCUCAUGUUGUUCAUCCUCUUCAUUUUCUUCCUCAUCGUCAUCUUCGUCAUCUUCUUUAUCGCCUGUCACAAGAUUAGUCAUGUGUACUUCAACUAUAACACACUCUCCUUCGUAAUCUCUAGUCAAUGUCACGAUCUUCGAUCCUGGUUUGUCUUCCAUUUUGAAAGGGAAACCAUUUGGAGUUUCUUCAACCUUUAUUCAGUAAUCAUCAGCUUGAUCGGCGAAUCCAAUCUCGGCUUCGAUCACUCGGAGAAGCGGAUCGUUCGGGGAAACUCUCUUUUUGGCAGAUGUGGUAAAGGGAUUAAUACCAGAAAUGGACGGCGUCAGAUGUCGCAGGCGGCCAUGAGCGGCGCACGACUGGCCCGGGAAUGAGUAAACGAAUGAGCGAUUUUUGCUGCAGUUUCCGAUAAGCCGCGAGGCUGCGCGACGUACCAAAGUCGCCAUUUUUUGUGUUGAAGCUUGAAUUUGAAAAAAGAGAGAGAGAGAGAGAGAUAAUAAUUACUCUCCGAAGGUUUUGAUUUCCUUUAGGGUUUAAAGGAUUUUUCUUUUCCCUGCAUUUGAGUUGGUAAUUAGUGUUCGUUUAAAAAACUUGGAUCGUAACAAUUUUAAAGCGAUCCCACUAAAACUGGGCUUAAUAACAUAAAUCAAUCUUAACGACUCGGGUAUAUUAGCCCAUUAUAAAUACGGGCCGUCUCAG